UGAGCUAAUCAACCCCACUCUAGGAGGUGGCGCCAGUACACCAUCAACCUUGAUGUCAACCGCUUUCUGGCAGAAGAAGAAGAAGAAAGUGCAGCUGUCAUGUCGGCGAGCGGACUUCUAGCAGUGCGAGCUCACGUUUGUAAACGACUGGCUCACAAGUACCUGUCACGGAGUUACAGUUCUCGCCCUUCCCUCAAUGAAGUCGUCAUCGUCAGUGCUGUCCGCACCCCAAUGGGCUCGUUUAGAGGCAGCCUUGCAUCAGUACCUGCUGUCAAACUGGGCUCUGUAGCCAUCAAGGGGGCUAUUGAAAAAGCAGGAAUCCCCCCUGAGGAGGUGAAGGAGGUAUACAUGGGAAAUGUGCUUCAGGCAGGAGAAGGACAGGCACCCACAAGGCAAGCCUUACUUGGAGCAGGUUUGCCCCUCAGCACGCCAGCAACAACAGUCAACAAAGUGUGUGCGUCUGGAAUGAAGUCGAUCAUGAUGGCAGCCCAGAGUUUAAUGUGUGGACACCAGGAUGUAAUGGUUGCAGGAGGUAUGGAGAGCAUGUCCAACGUGCCCUAUAUGAUGUCCAGAGAGACCCCCGCUUAUGGAGGAGUGAUGAUGGAAGACCUCAUCGUCAAGGAUGGACUCACUGACGUGUACAACAAAUUUCACAUGGGUAACUGUGCAGAGAAUACGGCCAAGAACUGCAACAUCAACAGGGAGGAGCAGGACGCCUACGCCAUUGGGUCAUACAGUCGCAGCCAAGCUGCAUACGAGUCUGGCAUGCUCGCCAAGGAGAUUGUACCCGUUACCGUUCCUCAGAGAGGGAAGCCGGAUGUGGUGGUGUCUGAGGAUGAGGAGUGGAGGCGGGUCGAUUUUAGCAAAGUGCCCAAACUGAAGACUGUGUUCCAGAAAGAGAACGGCACGGUGACGGCAGCCAAUGCCAGCACGCUGAAUGACGGGGCAGCUGCUCUCGUUUUAAUGACCACCGAUGCAGUGAAGAAACUCAACAUCUCACCACUGGCCAGGAUUGUCUCUUUUGCUGAUGCUGCUGUUGCACCCAUUGACUUCCCCAUUGCUCCAGCCUAUGCUGCACCAAAGGUCCUUAAGGCAGCUGGGCUGAAGAAGGACGAUAUAGCCAUGUGGGAGAUCAAUGAGGCUUUCAGCGUGGUCGUUCUGGCCAAUAUCAAGAUGUUGGACAUCGACCCCACAAAGGUCAACAUCCAUGGGGGAGCUGUGUCACUGGGACACCCUAUUGGGAUGUCUGGGGCGAGAAUCGUGGGUCACAUGGUGCACCAUCUGAAAUCAGGAGAGUACGGGCUCGCCGGUAUCUGCAACGGAGGUGGUGGAGCUUCUUCUAUUAUUAUCCAGAAACUGUAGCAAAACUUUUCCCUCUUAUGGUAAUGACGUAUUUGUUCAAAGUGGUUACAGCAGCUUGGAAACUACCUUUAUAUUGUGAAGAAAGAACCUGUUACAACUCCAAGGCCAGCAGCCUUAUCGUCAGCAAAGUAGGACUUAUGAUGUUAUGACUCCAGUGUUUGACACGCCUUUGUUUGUUAAACAUUUAGUGCAAUAAAUGAUUACUAUUUUACUGA